AUUAUUGUUGGGUUGACCUCGCUUCGAAACUAUAUCAAGACACCAAAAGACUUUCAACAUCUCGGCAAGAUGGGCUUAUCGGAAGCUCGCACCCGCGAGAUCGUCCUCGGUUAUCUCCAACGAGAAGCUCGGCGUAACAGGCAGCCUCGUCAGAUCACGGUCCAGGAUGCACGUCAGCUGCAAACCUGGCUCGUUGUCUUCUGGCUCAACCAAGAUCUACAAGCGAGAAUAUCCAGGUUCUUGCGACUUGGAGGUGGAUUCUCGGGUCGAAGAAGAGCGGAUAUGCGCGACUAUUUGAUAGGUCGAGAUCAGGAAACGGACAAGUACGAGGACAAAGGUCUACAGUCUAAAGCCAGAGCACAAAUCCCUGAAUCUGUCCUCGACAUAUCAAGAAGGCCAGAACAUGGUAACUUCUCUUUCGAGCUCGAACAGGAUGAUAUCCUGGCUCUCAACCUCGUCCGGUGGUUCAAGGAGAGCUUUAUGAGAUGGAUAGACCCUAUCACUUGCCCAGAAUGCUCUGUGGAAACACAGUUCGAAAGCACUUUGACGGGAGGCGAACUGAACGAAGAGGAUCGCAAGUAUGGAGCUGGCAGAGUAGAGAUGCAUCGAUGUAAGGCCGACCCCUCACAUCCGAUUCGGAAAUUCCCACGGUAUAAUGUCCCAGAAAAACUUCUCGAAACUCGCGAAGGCCGAUGCGGAGAGUUUGCCAACCUAUUCAUGCUCUUCCUCCGCUCUGUCGGUCUCGACGCCAGGAUCGUACAUAAUCAGGAAGACCACGUCUGGAACGAAUACUAUUCCCGAUCGGCGCAACGAUGGGUUCACUUGGAUUCGUGUGAGGCAGCGUUCGACACUCCGCUAAUGUACGAGCUGGGUUGGGGAAGGAAGAUGAGCUACGUCUUGGCUUUUGGGGUGGAAGGGGCGCAGGAUGUUAGCCGUGGCUAUGUGGCGGAUUAUCAUGAGCAUGGCUGGGAACGACGGCGGAAGUGGGACGAGCAAGAUCUCGCAGAGAAACUCGCAGCUAUCACAACUGGAAGGCGGGAAAUUCUUUCUGAGACAAGGCAGACCGAAUUGGCAGAGCGAGACGAGAAGCAAGAGGCUUGGAUGGCAGAUCACGAAGGUCGACUGCGGGUAGCUCAAGGAUCCAAUGAUACUCACAAGGCUCGAAAAAGCGGAACCAAGGAGUGGAGAGCUAUGAGGGCAGAGUCCGGAGCGGGAGGGGGAAAGUCGUUCGCGAUCAGCACUCUCCAUACAAAGCUCAAUCCGGAUCAUACCCUGCGAUCGGUUGACGACAACCUCCGUCUCGGUGGAUCUGCUAGACGGGCCGAUCACUAUCUCAUUCUCACCCCAAACGAGACUUCGCAGAUCGGAACAGCAUUCGUCUCGACCUCUAUCCCGUCUACGUCAUCUUUCGUGGUGGAGGUUGAUUUUCGAAUAACGCUGUCACCUGGACAGGACCAGGGCGCAGAUGGCAUGGCGUUCGUCUGUCUUCAGCAGCAGGGGGAUAUUCCGGCUCAACUGUCGGGGGAGGGCGGGGCGGGACUAGGUUACGAUGGGCUCGGGGGAAGCGGAGACUGGGCAACAGAGAUUGAUACUUAUCAAACAGUCGAUCGAUGCAACGACCCCCCAACCCCGCAUAUCUCUCUGCAUUCCCCACCAAAAUCGCACCACCGGCAUUGCAUCGCGGUAACACCGCCUUUUUCAUUGCCUGAUUUGUCUGACGGAGAAACGCGGACUCUGAGGAUUGCCAUGAAUGCAGAAAGCGAGACGGUACAGGCUGAGCUGAUCAUCCCUGGAGAAAUGGAGGAAGUACUGCCAUUGUGGGAGGCCAAGCUCCCUAGCUCUGGGAUGAUGGCCGGUUCGAGUAAACGUCUGCUCGGUUUGACCGCAUCUACCGGAGGAAUCGCGCAAGCUCACGAGGUAACUCGUUUUGACAUCUGGGAUCUUUCACGCAAAUCUGAAACGGAUGCGUAGUAGCGUCAUAUUGUGGUAAAGCCUCGACGCUGUGCAUAGUACAGAAACGAGAAAAGCCGGGCGUGAAGCCCAUUGGGGAGAAGAGGCUACCUGAUGAUUUGGCCCGCUCGAGUCAAAGCCGAGUUCCUCUAUCCACAUGGCCUUGAAGUGGCAUCUAACCGGGUAGCUGUAAUACAUAUGGGGGAUUCGUACAUAAGACAAUUGGCUGAUACUAAUACAAGACUAGUCGCACAUA